AAAGAAACGCUCCAGCGCCAAGUCUCUCAGACUCCUGAAGUAGGAGCGACUCAGUAGGAGCUUCUGUACCAGUUAUCAAAGGAGUAGAAAGGCUCCCUCAGGAAUUGACCGCUUGCACCGACCGGGCAAAAAACAAAAGACUCCAUAUUAUGGACUGUCUCGUCAUGCAGCGAAAGAGGAAUCUGGAGCUUUUCUGAGAGGAUUCAGCAAUGCCACAGAGAAAGGAACUCUGAACUAUCAACGUUUGCUGGCUUUCUGCAGUUCGCAUUUGGUAUGCACCGAUACUGCAAUUUGCUGUAAAGCCACUUUUCAGCGUUUUUUUUAUUUUUUUUAUUACAUGCACAGCCGAGAGUUCUGUGGGAAUAUUACAGCCUGAGACUUUCAUGUUUUAAAAAACUGCUCUGCGAUUUGGAACAUCCUGGAAAGAUAAAUGGCUGUUAUUUCAUAAGUUGAGAUUGCAUCCCGCUGCGGCGCAUUUUCCUCAAAGUUCUUUUUUUUUUUUGGACAUUUUCAGUAAGGUGCACAUAUCAACGGCUGGAAUACCACAAGGGACUGGCUGCAUAGACUUAUUCCUCAGUCCAUGGAUCGUGCGCCCUGGGACCUUGUCAAACCUGAGAGCGUCAGGCGACGUUAAGUGAAGCCACGUUUAUAAAAGCCGUGCGUAAAAAUAACAUUGGCCAAGGCAGCCCUCAUUGCCGGGGCGCGUGACAUUUAAAACUUGGUGAGGUACUCUUUUGUGCGCCCUUUCUCUCUCGGGACGCUCCGGAUCUAUCCUGUCUCUUUAGAAAACACUUCAUUCCAUGCAGCUCUUGCCUCGGCCGCUGUCAUCCAGUGUAGACAGUUCGUCGUGGCUUCGAGUCCCCGGGGUAACCAUGACAACCAAAAGAAACCCAAAGUGAAUCCAAGGGAGCGGGGUGAGGCCGGAGAGAGCGUGAAUAGAGUUUUCCCCAUUUUGUUUUGUGCUUUUUUUUUUUUUUUUUUUUUUUUUUUUUGGUUUAGACUAAAUACUUUUUGCAAAGUAGGGGCACCGCUUCGUGCUGCAGAGUUGCAUCAGCGGACAAAUUGCAAAGUUGAAGGAGCCCUAAAAAGCAUAGCACUCCGCUCCAUGUCAUUCAAACCCGACGUGGUCUAUUAAAAGUAUCGCCUUGCUUGUGACUGAACUUCUACUAUUUAUGAAGCCCCGGGCUAGUCAUUGCAGACAACACAGUAACCGGGAAAAGAACUGAAUACUAUUAACGCGAGAAGAGCCGGUGCAUAUAACAACAGGAAUAAUGGGCCUCUCACAAACGCUACUCGUUUACGUGCUGGUGUGCGUUCACCUUGGAGUUUCCCAGCAUUACCUUCGCCUCCGUCCGUCGCCUAGUGAUCACCUCCCCGUGCCCGGCCUGAAGGAGGACCCCGACCCGGAGUACGACCCCCGGGAGCAGGACUUGGUCGAGAGGACUCUGAGGAAAAGGCUCGGCAGUAACUUUGACCCCAACUUCAUGUCCAUCAGCUUACCCACGACGGUGAACAUCUCAGACAACCUGGUGAAGCUGCAGGGGCCCAUGCCUAACGAGAUUAAAAAACUGGACCUCACAGAGACCCCCUAUGGAAAGCGGGUAAAAGUGGGCAAGAAAGCCCGUAGGAAAUUUCUUCAGUGGCUGUGGACCUAUACGCACUGCCCAGUAGUGUACACCUGGAAGGAUUUGGGCGUGAGGUUCUGGCCACGUUACAUCAAGGAGGGACACUGUUUCUCUGAGCGCUCUUGCUCCUUCCCUGAGGGGAUGUCUUGCAAGCCCGUCAAGUCAAUCAACAAGAUUUUCCUCCGGUGGUAUUGUCAAGGGUUUCUAAGACAGAAAUACUGUACGUGGAUACAGGUGCAAUACCCAAUCAUCUCAGAGUGCAAGUGUUCGUGCUGAUUUUCUCUAAGGAAGUAGCGGUGGUCGAGGGGGGAGUGGACUGGAAAUACGGUUUCUAUUGCACUGUUAACUCUCUACAGAGGUGGGCACCAUAGCAAAUCUAUUUUUUUAUAUAGCAUUUUAAGUGAAAUACCAACAUUGUACAUAUUUAAGAAAAAUGCAGCUAUUUUUUCUAAUUGAACCAGGACCAUAUUUUAUUCUCAGCCCUGAAACGUUGUUUUUGGGGGAACACGAGCACUUCAUAAGGAAGAGCUUUUUUUUUUUUUUUUUUUUUUUUUUUUUUUGAUAUUUCUUAUGAGACAUUGAAGAUGGAAUGCAAAUGCUACACUUCUCCAAGAGGUGAACUUUUUUUUCUUCAACUGAACAUUGAUGCUGACUGUUAUUUCACUGCAGUGCUGCCUAGAGUUUUUGUAUAAUAUUAAUAUCAAUAAUAAUUAAAUUGUAAAAAAAAAAAGAAGUUGAGGUUAAAGAUAUAUAUAAAGGC